GUGGACACCAUGAGACUGGUACUUCCUAACCCAGGACUGGAUCUCAGAAUCCCCAGGCAUGAAGAUCUGGAGAGGAUGGAAAAACAGGAGGCUGCAGACAGACCCAAGUGGGACAACAAAGCUCAGUAUAUACUAACCUGUGUGGGGUUCUGUAUCGGUCUGGGUAAUGUUUGGAGAUUCCCUUACUUAUGUCAGAGUCAUGGAGGAGGUGCAUUUUUGAUUCCUUACCUAAUUCUGCUGGUGCUAGAAGGAAUGCCUCUCUUACUGCUAGAGUUUGCUAUUGGGCAGCGCCUUAGAAAAGGCAGUGUGGGAGUGUGGCGGGCCAUCAGCCCAUAUCUGACAGGUGUUGGUAUUGGCUCCAUGUUAGUGUCCUUUAUGGUUGCCCUGUACUACAACACCUUAAUUGCGUGGAUCAUGUGGUAUUUCUUCAAUUCCUUUCAAGAUCCAUUGCCUUGGACUAAUUGUCCUCUCAAUGAAAACAGGACAGGAUUUAUACCAGAAUGCCAGCAGAGCUCCACGGUGGACUACUACUUUUACAGAGUCACUCUGAAUGCUUCUAACUCAAUAGCAGACUCUGGAGGACUCCAGUGGCCCAUUAUAAUAUGUCUGUUAGCUGCCUGGACAGUUGUUUGUAUCUGCUGCAUACGAGGGAUCAGUACUUCAGGCAAGCUCAUCAGAAACAUCAGGACGUUACUAAAUGGAUUUGAACUCCCUGAAGACAGCAUCACUGCCAGCAACUACAAUGCAGCCCUUCAUCAUCUGAACAGCUCCAAUCCAGAUACUGUUUUUGGACUGGACAUUAAAACCUGUGACAUGCAGAAACUCCUCAGUGAGGGAGUGGAGGGAACAGGUCUGGCCUUUAUAGUCUUCACUGAGGCCAUUACCAAAAUGCCGGGUUCCCCAGUCUGGUCUGUCCUGUUUUUUAUCAUGCUUCUCUGCCUCGGACUCUCAACACUUUUCGGAAACAUUGAAGGAGUCGUAGUCCCUUUGAAAGACUUGAAUUUAUUUCCCAAAAAAUGGCCCCAUGAAAUAUUGACUGGAGCAACAUGUUUUGUAUCCUUCAUCAUCUGCCUCCUGUUUGCACAACCAUCAGGAAUUUAUUGGUUAACUCUCUUUGAUAACUUUGCUGGAUCUGUUCCACUGCUGACCAUUGGAUUGUUCGAGAUGAUAGCUGUUGUUUACAUCUAUGGCAUUGACAGGUUCAACGAGGACAUAAAGUUCAUGGUUGGGCGAAAGCCUUCUAUUUUCUGGCAGAUUACGUGGCGAUUUAUCAGUCCUCUGAUUGUCCUGGUUAUUUUGGUUUUCUACCUGGUGACUCAAGCCCAAAAGCAGCUCAACUAUCUAGUCUGGGACAUAAAUUCUGAGACAUUUCCAGCUUUGACAUCAAUACCCUACCCCUCAUGGAUCUAUGCUGUUAUCUUCCUCUUAGCAGGAGUCCCCAGCCUGGUAGUGCCUAUGUACGCAUUAUGUCGGCUGAUCUUUGUUUGCUACAAGAAAAAAAUGUCAUCCAGACUAUAAAUGAAUACAUCAGAGAACAAAGAAGAAUUCAGGAUUAUUUAACAGCGCGUCCUGCAUCCA